AUGGAUUCGUCUCCCCCAGAACCCGGGCCUCCCCCUGACCCUCUGCAGCUCUGGCAGGAGGAGAACCAGACCCAAGGCGGGCUCUGGAACGGCAGCCAGGAGCUGGGGUGGGAAGAGCUGGAGAAGAUGCUCUUCCUCUUUGCAAAGGAGCCUGUCACCAUCAGCCUCACAGUGAUGUACUUGCUGUCCUUUGUGGUGGGCUUCGUGGGCAACAUCAUGUCCAUCAGGGUGCUGACCCGCAAGCGCCGGAGCCGGGUGUCCAGCCUGAGCGCCACCCGCAGCCUCCUGAUCAACCUGGCGGUGUGUGACCUCAUGGUGGUGUGCAUCUGCAUGCCCAUCACCGUGGGCAACCUCAUCUACAAAGCCUGGGUCUACGGGGACUUCCUCUGCCGGGCAGUGCCCUUCAUCCAGGCUGUUUCUGUCUCCGCCAGCGUCCUCAGCCUGACUGUCAUCAGCGUGAACCGGUACUACAGCGUGCACAACCCGCUCAACGCCCGCUCUUUCUUCACCCAGAAGAGGAUCCUCAGCACCAUCCUGGUGGUGUGGUUGUUGUCCUCAGGGAUAUGCAUGCCCCUCAUCUUCAUGAACAAACGGGAUGAGAUCGGGGUGGUGGAGGGCUUGCCCCUGGUGUUUUCCAUCUGCAGGGAGAUCUGGCCUCAGGAGAGGCUCAAGCAAGCCUACAACUUUCUGCUCUUCUGUGCCCUGUACUGCCUGCCCGUCCUGUUCAACAUGGUCAUCUGCUUCCUCACGGUGCGCCGGCUGUGGAGCCGCAGCAGCCGGCUGAAGGAGAGCUCUGCCCUGAACCGAUCCCUGCCGGCCUCCAGGCUGAAGAUCCGCAGGAAGGUGGCACAGAUGGUGGUGGCCCUGGUCCUGCUGUUCGCGAUCUCUUGGCUGCCCGUUUACCUGAUGGACAUCUGGAUUGAUUUCAACAUCCCCAAAUCUUUGCAGGAUGUGACUCCUUCUCCUUGGAUCCUGCAGCUCAGACCUUUUGCCCAGUGGCUUGGCCUCACCAAUUCCAGCCUCAACCCAAUAUGUUAUUGCUUCGUUGGGAACCUCUACAGAUCAGCCAAGGAAAUGAAGAGCAAAUACCACCAAAGGAUGGUCUCUCUCUUUAACUUCUCUCUGUCUGAAGGGACAACUCAUUCCUCAGUCCCAGAGCUGCUCUCUUACCGGAGUUCAGUGGAGCCUGCAAGGAAAGGACCCUCCACCACCCCCUCCAUGGACAGGAGAUGUCAGGGAAGCCAUGGCCAUAAGAACAAGUGUGGACACUUGAACUCCUGCCAGCAUCCACCUCUGAACACUGUCUCCAGUGAGAACACUUCCUUGUAA